UCUGCAGCUUUAUUGUCGACGUCGCGGUGAGCUCAGAGUGAAGGGCAGGCCGGCAGAAACAGCACAGAGAUACACACACAACACACACUCACACACAGGCAGAGAGGGAGAGAGACUGACAGCUCACUGAAACAGCCAGCCAGAACAUAACUGUGUUGGGGGAAAUGGUGGACUACUACAAUAUCCUGGGAGUCUCUCACAAUUCCUCUCAAGAAGAUAUCAAAAAAGCUUACCGAAAAUUGGCUUUGCGAUGGCACCCGGACAAGAAUCCAGAUAAUAAGGAAUAUGCAGAACAGAAAUUUAAGGAAAUUGCAGAGGCAUAUGAAGUUCUAUCAGACAAAAGCAAACGAGAAGUUUAUGACAGGUAUGGAAAGGAUGGAUUAGUUGGACCCGGUGGCAGAGGUCCCACCAUGGAUACAGAGUUCCCAGGCUUUAUGUUUUCAUUCCGAAGCCCUGAUGAAGUAUUUAGGGAAUUCUUCGGUGGGCGAGAUCCUUUUGCAGAGCUGUUUGACUUUGGUCCAUUUUCCGAAGUGGGAGGGAUCGACCACAGUCGAAGACUACCUGGAUCAUUCUUUUCAUUCUCUAUUCCCACGGGAUCAGACUUUACAUCAUUUUCUGCAAAUGUGGGUGGAACUGGACUGGGGAGUUUCCGAUCUGUGUCAACUUCAACGAAACUCGUUAAUGGAAAACGUGUCACCACCAGGAAGAUUGUGGAGAAUGGUGAAGAGAGGGUGGAAAUUGAGGAAGACGGGCAGCUGAAGUCAGUGCGAGUAAACGGUGAGGAAGACCAGGUAGCCCUCGCCAUUGAGCUGAGUCGGAGGGAGCAGCAGGGCCAACAGCAGCACACCUUGCGAGCGGCUCACGGUCAGGUACCCGGUACCUCGCGGCCGUACUACCUCGACGAUGACGAGGACUCUGAGGCGGACGAGGACUUGCAGUUGGCCAUGGCCUACAGCUUGUCAGAGAUGGAGGCCCGAGGGCGUGGAUCAGCAGACGCAGACUUCCAGGCAUAUACAGGCUGACUAGGCUGCUGUUCUUUUCUAACAGGAGUGGAAAGUGUGGAAAGCGACACAAACGCGACAUUUUGGGAUCGUGUGCGACUGAUGGUUGUGUGAUCAAACAUUGUAAUGCGUUUAUUAAUAUGUUGUUUGCGUCUACAUUUCAUAUGGAAGCACUUUCACUUUGAAUGUGUCAAAAAGUUAAUUGGCGUAUGUGGAAAUGGUGUAGAAUCUUAAAGAGAAUACACCAUGUAUUUUAGGUUAAUUUAGCAAAGUGUUCUGUUUUGAAUUUUUGACUCUGCUGCUUUGAAGAAGGGGAGAAAUGGAUUUCCUUUGCCCAUUGUCAGGGAUCAUGUCCAACCUUCUCCUCAAUUGCUUUUUAAAAUAUGGCCUGAUGUAUAAAAUCAUUCAUUGCAAAUAUUGGGACUCCCAUCUUCCAGGAUAUGCGUGUUGAAGCAGCGACCUGCUUUCUGAAAGUGCCUUUAAAGUAAUAAAGAAAAGUGUUCCAAGUUGCUUCGCAGGAGCCUUACCAAACCAUAACACUGAGCCAUUGCAGGGGAUGUUGGGUCCGAUGCCCAAGAGUUUGGUUAAACGGAUUGGUCUUAAGGAGUGGUCAUAAAACAGGUGAGAGAUCGAGAGGCAGGAAGGACUGAGUUUAGGAUCUAAGCUGGAGAGGGGAUGUGGGUGGUCAGGCAACUGAGACAGAGCCAUCAACAGCAGAGCAAUUAAUUAUCAGGAAUGCUCAGAGUUAGAGCAGUGCAGGGAUCUCAGAUGGUUGUAGAAGGUUACAGCGAUAGGGAGCUUGCAUUUGCAAGUGUGGAGGAGUGCUCCCUUUACUGAACCAUUUAGAGUUAGCUUGGUCUUGAUGUCUAAGCCAAUAGCGCAAAGCACUUCCACUUUCUGCUUUAAGCUUCAUCCUUUGGUUAUGUCAUAGGUUUGGCCUAGUACAAACAAUCUGCAACUGAGUCCUGUCCCUCUUCAAUGCUGUUGAAAGAGCGUGGCUCCUUUACCCAUUCUGCCACCUUUAAAGUACUCGGUACAUGGCCAGGUGAGAUAGCCAUCCAAUCAGGUGGUUGAAUUUUCAGUCUAUACUAAUAGUUCAACCCCACUUCUCCUUACCUCUAAACCAAGGAAUGGGUG